AGAGUCACACCCGGGUACCAUCCGUCAGGAAGGCGCAGCGCAGCAACUCCAGGUUCUUCCAGGUUCCGAAGCGUUGCGAUCGCACGUGCGGUUUUUUGGCGUGAGCGGACGAAAGCGGACAUUUCCGAGGAGCACCGUGUGGCCACCAAUUGCCGCCGUUUGGCCGCCAAACUAGCCGCCCCCUUUUUUGGAACUGGAAAAAAUCAGCUGUAACACAGAAAACGUAGGCAAAACAGGCAGCUCUAGCAACACCAAAAACAACAACAAACCAACAACACGGCAACAACCAACAACAACAACUCAGUGCAUAUAAUCAGAGAAGGAAAAAAAAAGAGUUACAACAAGUGAUGGUAAUCAUAACGUAAGAGAGGCAGACGGCGAAGAGAAGAAAAAAAGAAGUGAAAUUAUAAAUAAAAAUAUGAAAAGGAAAGUGAAUUGAAUUUUUUUCCAACUCGACGAAAGCAACAACAGCAGCAGCACAGCGAAAGGGUGAACCGAAACGAAGUCGAAAAAUAAAAAGAAGAAGAAAAAGAAGUUUGAAGGUGUGAAGUUGCAGAAAACUUCCACGAAACGAAAAAUUAAAAAUAAGAAGAAGAAGAAGAAGUAGCAGUUGAAGAUUUAGUUUUAAUCAUUCCGAAAAGUGCACGCGAAAACAUGUUUUUCUCAAGCCGCAGCAUAUGAUAAUGAUAAAGAGUGAGUCCAGUGCUAUUAACAGAGCGAACCAAGCUCUUGAAACCCAUUGAUGAAGUGGUCCGGGAAGCACUCCCAAAUCGUCGGUCUUGAGCGCAACACACCCACCAAACUAAACCCUUACUCUGUCCAGGUCGUCGAAGUCCCCCCCUUAACGUUUCGACGCCAUCCCGCGAAGCCCGCGCGAGCAGAAUUCAUCUACGCUUCCCCUAUGAAGUAAGAUGUUAGGUCCCACCAAAUGGAGACUCCUAACGAUAGUCGCCGGAAUAUUGCUCGCCCAUGCCAUUGAAUCGCCGAACAGUGCCAAGAGCAACAAGCUCAAGGGUUCAACGGUGCGGACAUUCUCGAAUCCCGACCUGGGCCUGCGGAUAGAACAGAUCGAACCGUGGGGCAGCCGGACGAUCACGUCGCGGAACUUGCUGGUGCCACAUGACACCUUUUCGAACGUGGACAAUGUGCGGUACAUUGACAGCAGGUCGGCGAAUAGUCGAUUGCUGAGGAACACUUUUGGAGCAUUUAGAUUCGCUGGGCCUCCAGCCCAGCCACAGCCACCAUAUCGGGCUGCAGUCAAUCAACGAACGGCCAAAAGUUUCCAGAACCGUCGUUCAGACAACCCGCAACCACAGCCAAUAGUUCCGGAAGUACUUCCGGAGUCUGCUCUGCUAUACCAGGAGCCUCAACGAAUCUUGGAGCUUCAAAAUGUGACCCGAGCGCGUCAGUACCGCUACAAGGUCAUCCCCAUCAACUAUUUCUACCAGGAACCCAAGUUCCCUCCGGUCUACAACCCCAUUCCGAACAAUCUUCCCCCGAAGACCACUCAGAAUGACGAGCCCCAUGAGGAGGACUUCCCUACCGCGGACGAUGCCGACACUGCUCCCUCAGGGAACGCAUCAUCCGUUGUACCGGACUCCAACGCCAUGGGCGCUCGUCGUUCCGGGAUCCAAUUCCCACCGGGACCGUACAAGGUCGCAAACCCCUUCACCCCGCAAGGCUACAACGAAGAGAGCUUCGCCUACACCGACACUCUUAAUCUCUACCAACGGCCAGUCAACACCGCCGAAGAUUACGAAGACCCGAUAGAACCGUACGACACUCGGCAGCAACGGGCGCAGUCUCCAACCGCCUCCCCGGUUAUGCCAACCGAGCUGGAACCUGCCGCAAGCUCCGAAAUCUCCCGAAACAUGUACGCGUCCCGCUUCUUUCGGGACUUCCCUCGACCUCCCCAGCUUGACCUCCGACCGGCGGAAUCCAUCCACCGACCGUCCCGUCUCAUUGAGUUUCCCGGUCUGGUCAACGUGAAGCAACCUGUUAUGCCCUUCCGGGAGGAUGUCACCAAGUUCGGAGACGUCAACGGACCCAUCACUGCCGUUCAGCGACCGUACAUCGACUACGGGGAUGGCAAGCGGUACCGGGCGUACGAUCCAAACUACUACGUGGAUAGUCCGUAUCAGCCGCAAGGGUUGGCCAGUGGUAGGCAGCAGCAGCAGCACUACUUUCCGGCGAAGCUCUACACGGAACCACCGGCGCAGAAGAUCUACCAGCCGUGGAAGACGCGGUCGCCGCGGGUCGUGUUCCCGCAGGGGGAUAUUUCCGGACCCGGGUCCGGGUUUGGAAUAGAUAAUGUUGUUUUCAGGGAUCAAAACUUCGGCUUGAACGAGCUGGCGGCGAUCCAGGAUGUGCGGAACGAGUUCAACCAGGAUGACAUCAACGACGAACCGUCGACGUCCAGCAAAGAUCGAGCGGCGGCAGCGGCGGGGAUUGGCGACUCGGUCCGGUCGGAACUCCAGUGUCAGCACGAGGGCGGCACCUGCGAGUUCUUCCUGCUGUGCUGGAUGUCCGGCGGGUUGCUGCAGGGCUCGUGCGGCGGACUGCUCAAGGGGUGCUGCCACCGGACGGCCAAGUCGGCCAACAUCGCCAUCGACACCGGCAACACGAUCGAUCUGACAAAUCUUCCAAAUUACGAUUACGGGCCGGUUGAGAACGAUCCUAGCUGUGGGAUCUCGCUCGCGAAGCAGACGGCUCAGCGGCGGAUUGUCGGCGGUGACGACGCCGGUUUCGGUUCGUUCCCCUGGCAAGCCUAUAUUCGAAUAGGUUCAUCGAGAUGCGGGGGUUCGCUGAUUUCGCGGCGCCACGUGGUCACCGCCGGGCACUGUGUGGCCCGGGCCACGCCCCGGCAGGUCCACGUGACCCUCGGCGAUUACGUGAUCAACUCGGCCGUCGAGCCGCUGCCGGCGUACACCUUUGGGGUGCGCUCGAUCAACGUGCACCCGUACUUCAAGUUCACCCCGCAGGCGGACCGCUUCGACGUGGCGGUGCUCACGCUGGAGCGAACCGUGCACUUUAUGCCGCACAUCGCGCCAAUCUGCUUGCCGGAGAAGAACGAGGACUUCCUGGGCAAGUUCGGCUGGGCCGCCGGCUGGGGUGCCCUCAAUCCGGGCUCGAGGCUGCGACCAAAGACGCUGCAGGCGGUGGACGUUCCUGUGCUGGAUAACAGAGUUUGCGAACGGUGGCACCGCUCGAACGGAAUCAACGUGGUGAUCUACCCGGAGAUGCUGUGCGCCGGCUACCGGGGUGGAGGCAAGGAUUCCUGCCAGGGCGACUCCGGGGGGCCGCUGAUGCACGAAAAAAGCGGACGAUGGUUCCUGAUAGGUAUCGUGUCAGCGGGCUACUCCUGCGCCACCCGGGGCCAACCCGGCAUCUAUCAUCGUGUCGCCAACACCGUGGACUGGAUCUCACACAUUGUGCAAACGGCACCCUAAACCACAACAACAACCCCAAACGCGCGCUCGAGAGUCCAGUCCAGCCCCGGUGUUCAGUCAGUCAGUCAGCCACAACCAUUUCAUCAUUUGCUGGGGCCAACAAAAAAAAGUGCGACAGGAAGCUGCAAGUUAUUGUUCGAGAAAGUUAUUACAACAAAAACCAGAAUCUUGCUUGAAGUCGAAGGAGAGAAUGAGAAUGACAGCAAAAUAUUUAUGUAUUUAUUAUGCUUCUAUGUUCGAGGAAUUGUGCAACAAAGAAACGUUUACAAAAAUGGUGCGCAGCAGCUGCGUUUUAACGAAAUUCGACGUAUUUAUGCUUCUGUAUUUGUUUUUUUUUUCUGUAAUUAUCAAAAAAAUGUCAACUUUCGCAAAACCUUCACUGAUGACGAUGUAAUUAGGGACGAAACCGAAUGCUUCCGGAAGACUAGCUCUUAUCUCAUAUGAUGUACUUAGAGAAGAAAGGAAUAAAAAAAACUUAAUUGUGAUAUAUGUACUGAGGAAAACCCACAAAAAA